AUAUUGAUGAGAUCCAGCCCUCUGAAAUGUCUUUAUACUCAAUAGCGUUAGUGGUGUAUAUAUCUAUUUGCCAGUGCAGUAUUACAGUACAACUCGGUCACGGAAAUGCACUGGAAUGUCCUGACAGCCCUGGGAGUCUGUCGGGUUAUAAUAACUCUCCUGGGGGUGCAAAAACUACCACCACCACCACUCUCCCUCUCCUCAAUACUAUACCGAGUGCGACCAGUAGAACUUGUACAGCGACUGCUGCACAUCCAGUGCUAUAAUUUGAGAUCUUACACCCCUGCACUGCCCACUCCCCUGUUAAAAGCUCAAGGUGUGGUCGGGUUGGGGUCUGCUACAAAUAGAGCUCUUCUCUGUGGAGGGGGGCUGUUGCAUUUUGUCUGGACCCCCGGACUAGUCGCUUCUUCUCCGCCAACUGAAGCUAUGCGAAAGGCGGCCAUGCACACGGGGUCACCCAGUGUGGCCAUCAUCGGCACCUCUGCGUCGACAGUUAAAAAAGAUGUGGCGGGCGCCGCGCCGGUGAAGGUCCAGUGGAAGGAGACUCCACUGUCUGUGCUGCGGCGAAUCUUCACGGUCCUGUUCGCACUGGCUGUGGCCGGCGCGGUGCUGGCGGCUUACAUCGCCAGCUACCAGAUUGUGUGGGACUCCUCGAAGCUCUUCUCCUUCGGGCUCUACGGGGCUUUCCUCAUCUUCCACCUCGUGGUGCAGAGCUUCUUUGCAUACCUGGAGCAGCGCAAGAUGAGGAGCCAGAAACUGGAGUGCAGUUACACCAAAACGGUGGCGCUCACCAUCUCCGCCUAUCAGGAGGACUCUAAUUACCUGCGGCAAUGCCUUCUUUCGGUGAAGAACACCAAGUACCCCUCAGACAAACUUCGCGUCAUCAUGGUGAUUGACGGCAACAGCGCGGAUGACCGCUACAUGAUGGAGCUGUUCCGCGAGGUGUUCAGCGACGACGAUGUGGGCUGCAUGGUAUGGCAGGAGAACUAUCACACCUGGAAACCCUGGGAGCCUCCGGGCAGCGGCGGGGAGGGAGGCGGGCUCCAGCUCAGUACCAUUGAGGCGCUGGGGGAGAUGUAUCACGAGGUGCCGCUGGACGACCCGGGAAAGAGUGAGGUGGAGGACCUGAUCCUCAGCCACCGCUGCGUGUGCAUCAUGCAGAAGUGGGGCGGCAAGAGGGAGGUCAUGUACACCGCCUUCAAGGCGCUGGGGGACUCUGUGGACUACGUGCAGGUGUGCGACUCGGACACUAAGCUGGACCCCUUGGCCACGCUGGAGCUGGUGAAGGUGCUGGAGUCUGACGAGCGGUACGGGGCAGUGGGGGGAGACGUGCAGAUCCUCAACCUCAGCGAGUCCUACAUCAGCUUCAUGAGCAGCCUACGCUACUGGAUGGCCUUCAACGUGGAGCGCGCCUGCCAGUCCUUCUUCAACUGCGUGUCCUGCAUCAGCGGCCCCCUGGGUCUGUACAGGAACGACCUCCUGCAGCUGUUCCUCGAGUCCUGGUACAAUCAGAAGUUUCUGGGCACGCACUGCACCUUCGGAGAUGACAGACACCUCACCAACAGGAUGCUCAGCAUCGGAUAUGCCACCAAGUACACCAGUCGUUCCCGGUGCUACUCUGAGACCCCAAGCCAGUUCCUGCGCUGGCUCAACCAGCAGAUUCGAUGGACCAAGUCCUACUUCCGCGAGUGGCUCUACAACGCCCUCUGGUGGCACAAGCACCACCUGUGGAUGACGUACGAGUGCAUGGUGGCGGGCGUCUUCCCCUUCUUCGUCACGGCCACGGUGCUUGAGCUCUUCUACAAGGGAGGCUUGUGGGACAUCCUGUGGAUCCUGCUGGUCAUCCAGAUCAUCGGUCUGGGCAAGGCGCUGUACGCCUGUUGGCUGCGCGGGAACCCGGUCAUGGUGUUCAUGUCUCUUUACGCUGUGCUCUACAUGACCAGCCUGCUGCCCACCAAGUACUUCGCCAUCCUCACCAUGACCAAGAGCAGCUGGGGCACGUCGGGGAGGAAGAAGAUCGUGGGGAACUACAUGCCGCUGCUGCCCUUGUCCAUCUGGUGGUGCGCCCUGCUGGCCGGCCUGGGCUACACUGUGUACAAGGACUGCCAGCUGGACUGGACGGUCCCAGACACGCGGCGCGAGGCUGUCUACCUCAUCUGUGGCUCAGCCGUCUACGCCUCCUACUGGAUCCUCAUGGUGGCGCUCUACUGGUUCUGGAUCCACCGGGUCUGUGGGAAGUACCAGACCCUGGAGGAGGAGCGUGUGUGAGAGGAUCCGGGACUGUGAGAUUCUGGGACACGUGUGUAUGUGUGUGUCUCAGUAUGUGUAUCUGUGUGUGUCUCAGUGUGUGUUUGUGUGUGUGUGAGUGUGUGUAUGUGUCUCAGUGUGUCAGUGUCAGUGUGUGUGUGUCUCCGUGUGUGUGUCAAUGUGUCAAAAGGUGCUACAAAUGCAAAGUCUAGUAAUUGCAAUAUGAUUUGUAAUGUUUAAAAAGGUCAAACAUUUAUAACUGAUAUUGUCAGUAGGCGUCUAGCAGCUGUGAUUCAGUAAUCACAUGAGCAGCUCUGGCACAGCUUUGCAUCUUCAGAUCGAAUUCUAUCCAAUGCUGCUUUCAUGAAGUCGAAAGAAAGCUGCUGAAUAAUGUUACGCUAACAUACUGCAUUCACAACACCGCUUUGGAGUUUUGUAAAUACUCUACGAAGCACUGCCAGAAAUUGAGAAAUGUGACAUUUCGAAAUCUAAAUUGAAAUACUGCUAUUAUGACUUCUGUUUUUUUUUUUUUUUUUUUUUUUUUAUGUCUUAAUUCUGAAAUUGUACAGGGUGAUGCAACACUUUUGUCCAGAGAGGUAAUGAUGUCGAAAUGUAUAAUAAAAAAGCCUAAAUUAGUUAUCAGGGCAAUGGUUCCCUCCCCCUGUGGUCAUUACCAGCAGAUAACAGAGAUGUCCAGCCGCUGCUUGUUUCAUCUACCUGUGUAUUAACUUAUUUUAAACUGUGCAAUGAAACUCGCUGUACAAUAGUGAUGUCACUGUUUUUAAAUAAAGUGUUAAAACUACAAUUCCCACAAUGCACUGUUUUGAAGUUGUCCUGGCCGGCUCCACAUCGACCGCGUUCCCUAUACUCAGCCUCGGGGUUGAAUCAACAAAAAAAAGAAAAAAAAACGUCAGUGAGAGAAAUUUGAAAUGAGCCAAUUCUGUAAAAUAAUUAUUUUACCUCUCGAAUCGAAUGCUCCUGGCGACAGACACUGAAGGGUCGUGUUUGACACGCCUGAGAGAAGAGGCGUGUUGUGAAAGUCAAAAAGCCACAACGCGUCGCCACAUGUGAUAUGAGCUAAGAUUUAAAAAAAGAGAAUUGCAAAGCGAGUCGGAUGAGGUGAUGCGCCUGUCUGGGGAGCAGUGCGUGGGGUUGUUAUGUGACUCAGCCCAGGGUGAGCUACAGUGUGUUCUGAACUGUGUUGAAAUCAGAUUGUGUCCAAGUUGCGAAAGCAAUGUGUUAUUAUUGCAAGCAGAACUGACAAAAACAAAAAGUGAGGUCAAGCACAUUUCCGUAUUGAAAUAUCCGACUGCGUCAUUAAAAAAAGAAACUCCUGUGAUAUUGUGUUUUCUAAGCGUUUUAAUUUGUUCGUUAUCACAGACGGGUGAAGGCUGUAUUUAAAUAUAUACAAAAUCGUCAUUUUGUGCGCAUUUCACCAUCAAAAUGUGAUGCGUUUAAUAGGUCUAUUCACACAUUGUAAAUUGUGCUGGUCUCUAACGUACACAGAUCAGACUCGCAAACAUUUUUCCAGAUGCUAAUCGGAAAACUUCCACCUUUUCUACACUCGUUGGGAAACAAUUUUAAAGGCAGUGCACGACUGCUUGGCAUUUGGCUGCGGCUGUUACUUUAAAGACAGGUCCACUUCAGGAUGCUGCUCCACACACACAGGUAUUUACAGGGCGCUGUUUCAUCCAGCCCUGCUAAUCGAGGGAGCCAGGGCGCGGUUCUGUGCAGAGUGCAUCAGAAAGCACCGGGAUGCCACUGAAGGGAUCAUUCAAACUGCUCCCGGCGAGACUGAGCAAACAAGAAGCAAGCGAGAAAACAGCACGCAACGAGACAGAGCGCCCCCUGUCAGCGUGCUUAAAAAUCUUCAUUCUAUAGACUGCUGCACACCUGUUUGACCAGAGCUGUACUAACACGCCGCUGUUUGAUCUCUCUAAGAGAACAGAAGAAAGGUUACAGACGAGAGGAGGCCAUUCGGCCCAUCUUGCUCGUUUGGUUGUUAGUAGCUUAUUGAUCCCAGAAUCUCAUC